AUGGACGGUAUGUCUUCUAACUUGGAGAAGAUCAAGAUUGUUAGGGUAAAGGAAGAUAAAAAGAUGAGUGAGGUCAAGCUUAAGAACCUUGGGGAGAUUGAGGAAAUUGAGGACCUGUUCGGCAGCCAAGACAAAGGUGGGGGCGGAGAAGGCGAUGUGGAGGCUUUCAAGAUGGAGACAACUAGGAAAAUGGGGCCGGGAAAUGAAACUUCUAUGACCCCUAUGGGGAUGUUUUUAUCUUAUUGCUCUCUUCAAACUUUGUAG